AUUAUCAUCUGGUCGCAAACGUUGGGGGAGCACGAGCGUAAUGUUCGUGCUGUCUUGUUGGCGCUGCGUAACGCACACCUUUUCUGUUCUCCUAAAAAGACGUCAUUGUUUAACCUUGAAGUUGACUUCUUAGGUCACCAUAUAUCAGCU